AUGGAUAAGGAUAAGAGAAAGAAGAAAGGUGCACAAAGAACAACAAGUGGAAGUCUAUACUCAGUUGUGUUACUUGUAAACAAACGUGUUUGAUUUAUAAGAUGUCACCACAAAUUAUUUUGCACAAUAGAAUUUCGGUUCCCUGAGUUAUACUGAUUUCUCCAAUAUUUUGAAAACUGAGCCUCUCCGGUGGUACUUUUGAGUACUCCCUUUCAGGUUGUUUUCAGCUGUCUAGGUGCCAGUGUAUCUGUCUUCUUUUUUCACCUUUCAAAUUGGUGUUAUUGUGAUUUGUCGUAAUAGUUAUGCCACAAACGUUUUCUCUCAUGUCAUUCAAGGGCUGAAAGAAGAGCAUAUUAUAGCACUUGUUUAAAGGCCAAACUUGAUCCGGACCAGUAUCUGUCCAUUAUAAUUGACGGGAUGGAUCAGUCUAAAACUAACCUUCCACAUGCAAAUUGUCUCUUCAAGGUAAGGCCUGGUACUUCUUUUAUGAAAUUAUAAGAAAAUGCACAAAAAUUAUGUCACUCAUUAGUUUCUUUAAUGCUCGGCCAAAUUUGUUCCCUCAUGGUUCCCAAACAGUUCAGAAUGAACAACACAUGAUCAAGGUGAUAAAUUGAGAAUUAGAAUUCCCACAUACGCAAGGGUAAGAAAUACAUUCUUAUUUUAUAACUUAUUGUUACUUCAUAGGAUGAAGCUUAUCACUUUUUGAGAACCCAUGUCACUGGGGGCUAUUUUGCAUAGAGACGGCAGAAUUUUCAGCUUUAUAGACUUAAUGCGAUGGCCACAUGAUUCGAACCUGACGUUGAAUGUCCUGUUACAGAUAUUUGUGGUACUCUCUGAGGUGCUUGAGUUAAGGGAUCAAUUGUCCCUGAAAACUGACGAUUUUGUGUUUAUAAAACAUGUUAAAAUUGACAAUCCUGGGUCUUACUGUUAUAACGUUUCACCCUUCCAACAAAGUCGCUUCGAGGGGGAAGUCCCCCUGGGGCUUUGCAUUUUGUAUUAAAUUACCUUUCUACUUCUCCACAGUUAUGCCAUAUUGUACCUCCACUAUUAACACUUUAUUUACAUUUUUACGUUACAAAAUGGUUUUCUUUUUGCAUAGCAUCUGGAGCAAGUGCGGUGUAAAUGAUUUGAACCUGAUGUUGAAUGUCCUGUUACAGAUAUUUGUGGGACUCUCUGAGGUGCUUGAGUUAAGCGAUCAAUUAUCCCUGAAAACUGAUGAUUUUGUGUUUAUAAAACAUUUUAAAAUUGACAAUCCUGGGUCUUACUUUUAUACCAUGUUUCCACCCUUCUAACAGAGUUGCUUCAAACUUUCCGGACUCGUCUAGCAAAGAUCAAAGUGACUCUGCUAGCAGUUUCAGUACAAGCCGUUGACCAUGGUACUGAUACUAAUUUGUAAUUGUGACUGUUGUUUUCCACUUACCAUGACUAACCUUCAAAAGAAUUGUAGAAGACUAAGCGCAUCAUCACCGUUUUUAUGUGGUUUUUCACUGGUUUUUUUAGGAAGGACGCUUACCCCUGUUCUAUUCCUACAGAUGGAUAAUUGUUAUCAAGAAUCCAAGAAUCGCUAUAUUCUUGGCUUUUGUUCGCCUCUUGUAGAGAAAGAAAUGGAAGCAAGUGCCAAAGACAACUAUAAAGUAACAGCGUCAGCUGUAAUAGUAUAACUCCAUCAAUUUAGCCAAGAAUUUCCAUGAUACGUUUUCCCUUUGGUCACAAAGCCCUCAAGUAUGUACUUCAGUUUCCUUUCUCUUUGUUCUUUGUAAAACCACAUUUUUUUGGUGUCUUUUUGCCUUGUCAGGUUCGCUUGUCUUUCCUUAUGGUCGGUCAUACGCAUGAAGACGUUAACUUUGCAUUUCAAAUUUAAAUGACAAUGUUUAACAUGUAGACUUGACAAUUUUUUAACUCAUUACUUGUAAUGUGUAAGGAAAAAUGCGUACCGUAGACGAGUUUAUUAUACAUCUGCUCUUUAGAAUUUCCCAUUGCACAAAGAAUAUCUGUUACUCGGAUAACACUUAAUGCUGUCCAAAAAUAAUUUCCCGUUUACGUUCAAGUAAUUUUGGUCCAAUGAGAGACAUAUGGACCAUAUGCUAAACAAUAAGGGAAUUUGUUUUGAAACUAUCUGCUAAAACAAAGUAGUAUGAAAAGUAAAGUAUAAAAAAUCUACCCAAUUCGCAACAUGCACUUUUUCCAGUUGCAUCAAUAUUCAUUUUUAGGCAGUCUAAUAAAUUUCUUUUCACCCUUUCAUUUUCAGUUUUUUAGUAGAAUUUCAAAACGACUCCACAUGAAGGACUGGAUGACGUUGCCUGCUUUAGUGAGGAAGACCCAAAAAGCCUAUACCCCAGUUCCAAACGUCCGCGUGAUAGAAUUCAUUUUUGAUAUUAAGGGAUGGAUCAAACCAUUCCUAAACAAAAAUAAAAAAUCACGUGUACCCUCAUACUUAAAGAUUCUUUAA